AUGUGCCGUGUGCCCCGAGUCACGGUGACGGGCGGUUGCGGGCAGACGCGUCCUCUUGGGCUUGCGUGUGAUAGCACGUUAGCUUCCCCUCGGUACUGGCUUUUUGGCCGUAACUCCCCGAGGAAAGUACGUGUACUAGACCUGUUGAGAGCUUCUGACCAGGGCACCGAUGCUGAAGGCUGUCCAGGCUUCUCCGGCGGCGGCUCUGUGGUUGUGCCAUCUUUUAGCUGCCCUUGUUACGGAAUCGGGGAUUACACAAGAAGGGCUUUGACGCUCGAGUGCGGCACUUGGUGCAAUAACUUCGCAGAGCAGUUGUACGAUCCCGCUAGAAUUAGAGGUCCCCCGGAUCCCCGCUGUGAGGCAGGAGCAGAGAUCCGUGUGCUCUGCCGAGAGGUGCGGGAGGUAUUGACGGGACCGCAGCGGGCCAUGCCGGUGCACCCCAGGCCGGCCAGGACGGGGGAGAAUGUGUUUAUUGGUCAAUCCAAAAUCUACAGCUACCUGAAUCCUAACAAAACUCCUGGUGCUCGCCCCCCGCUUCAAGAAGAAAACUCUGUCAUGUAUCACGAGGUGAAAUGUCAGGGCAAAACACUAAACGAAACCUACAGGAAAGGAGAUGAAAAAAAGAAUGGUGGCAAUAUAAUUGAAGGUGCUAUGAAACCAGAAGACCAGAAAGAUAAAGAAAGUGGGUGCAAUACUUCGGUGCCCUCCUCUGAUCAAAACCAAGGAACUGUAGAAGCCCAAAAGACGCCCCUGCCUUCAGACUGUGCUGAUGAGGCUAAUGCAAAGCCAGCUCAGAAAAAGAUGGUUAAAGCAAAGCGUGGACCAAGGAGAAAAACGCAAGGAAGAACACCAAAUCGAAAAGUGACAGAUUAUUACCCAGUUAGAAGAAGUUCCAGGAAGAGCAAAUCUGAAUUGGAGACUGAGGAGAGGAGGAAAAUAGAUGAGCUAAUUACAAGUGGGAAAGAAGAAGGAAUGAAGAUUGAUUACAUCGAUGGCAAAGGGCGAGGAGUAAUCGCUACCAAACAUUUUAAUCGAGGAGAAUUUGUAGUUGAAUAUCAUGGGGAUCUCAUAGAGAUCACUGAUGCUAAAAAGCGAGAAGCUGUGUAUGCUCAAGAUCCAUCCACAGGCUGCUAUAUGUACUAUUUUCAGUACCUCAGCAAAACGUACUGUGUUGACGCUACAAAAGAAACUAAUCGCCUGGGAAGACUGAUUAAUCACAGCAAAUGUGGCAAUUGUCAGACAAAGCUUCAUGACAUUGAUGGCGUGCCUCAUCUCAUACUGAUAGCUUCCAGAGACAUUAAAGCAGGUGAAGAACUGUUGUACGACUAUGGAGACAGAAGCAAAGCUUCCAUUGAAGCUCAUCCGUGGCUGAAACACUAAUUCAUCUUCUUUGUUUGGGGUUUUUUGGUUUGUUUUUUGGACUGAGUGCUCUACAGAGAGUCAGUGGAUUUUUUUUUUUUCCCUGUCCUCACUUUCCUCAGCUUUCUUAGUGGACUGCUUGUGGUGUUCUGAGCUCCUUAGAAACUACCUUUUUGCUUUGCAGUAUUUAAAUACCUAUUACAGUUUUCCAGGCAGGCUUGAAUAAUUAAUCUUAGAUUGCCAAAACUUUUAUAUCGUAAAAGGAAACCCUCCUUAAAAUUCGAAUACUUCUGCAUAGUGACCAGUGCCACUUGAGCAUGCAAAGACUUGCACAGAAACUUAAUCACUUGGGUUGUGCUUCUGCUUUUGCAAUGAAAUCUCAUGCUCCACUUUGUGGGGUGACGAACUUGGCAUUAGCUUUGACAGCAGAUGUACUUCUUACUCUGACUCGUACAUCCAAUGGCUUGACUGCUUGUCAGACUGCUUUUUACAACCCAGUGCUGACAGGCUUCUCUGAGGUGGAUGCUACUAUCGUUCUCAAAUAAUUUGUGGUAGGGAUCCAGUUUUUCCAGUGUCGUAUCUCGUGUUGGCGAUGAACUUUAAAUGCACUGGCGCUGAGGGAAAUGGAUGGUCAGAUUGGUUGCUUUCUUCAGAGAAAUGACUCCAAGCCAAAUGAGGAUGGAUUUUGAUAGACUGGGUUCAUACUGAUUAGAAAUGUGAAGAUAGAACUUCACAGUGAGAAUCAAUGUUUGACAUGACUUAUUUUCUAAAAUUUAAGAUGGUACCUUUUUAUAGGUGAUGGCUGCUUCUUGGAGGUGUCUCCCAGAGGAUUUUAAAGAAGUAAAAGAAGAAGCUCUCUCCAAAAAUUUUUUUAUUACCUUCCUAUGCUAAUUAGCCACAUCAGAAGCUAUUUAUUUACUGUGAAUGCUUGAAGUAGAGCAUAGCGGUUCCAAAAAUAGGAGUCAUCUUCAUAUGCAGCUUCAAACUGUAAUGAUGGAGUUCAUGCAAUGAAGAAAGUAGAUUCCUUAUUGCCUGGUCCUGUAGGUCUGUCCAGCACGGUCUGGUCCCACUGUCUUAAAUGAGAGUUGAGCGCUUAGCGUCUUGCGGAUGUUUGCAUUGUCACUGUUGGAGAACCAAAUCUGUGAUAUAGGCGGGCAAUACAAUGCGGGUCCUUUAUGUUAAAGAUGAAUUCUUACCAGUUGGAAUUUUUGCCAAGGCAGGCUUGGCAUGCGUGUAGAUGAAAAUGGCUGUGAGCCAUCAGCCACGCUUGCUGCUGGGAGAUGUCAGCAAGGGAUCUGUGGCUCUGUUAAUGUCUUCUGUUCCUCGUGUCUUGAAGGCUGCUGCUCUUCCAGCUAAUGCCCUCUAGGACAAUCUUAUAUGCUUGCCUAUGUGAUAGGUCAAAUAGCAACAACAUCCUGGUUGUAUGCUCCAGCAGCAAGAGAGGUGGCUUAGUGAUGUAUUUUUUAAAUUAAAAACUUGAAGACAAUGUCUCUGUAAAAUAAAGAAUAUAUUUAUUAUCG